UAGUAGUUAAUUAUAACUAUAACGUCACUGUAACUGUUAGCGUAUUAUGCGACUACAACAUGUAUGUUUAUGUGGGCCCGUCUCUUAUAAAAAGAUCGAGUGAAGAUUCCAUUCCUCAAAUGUGUUGUCUGAAGAACAACAACAACAAAAAAAAAAACAAUUGUCAUUUUGAAAGAGGCACAUACUGAAUGAAUAUCUGGGAUUCAUUGUGAAACUAGACCAUGGAGAAUGGAUCAGUGGUGACGUCAUUCAUAUUGAAGGCAUACACUCAACUGGAAGACCACAGAUAUCUAUACUUCACAGGUUUCCUGUUCUCAUUCAUCCUUAUGAUAUUAACAAAUAUAAUUCUUAUUAUAGUAAUUUACAUUGAAACCAGUCUCCAUGAACCCAUGUAUUUUUAUGUGUGUAACUUAGCAGUGAACGGAAUUUAUGGCACUAUAUCUUUAUUACCAUCAGUACUGGGUAAUUUAAUGUCUCAUACUUAUGAAAUAUCUCUGGCUGCUUGUCUUUUACAGAUCUUUUGUAUACACACAUAUGCUGCAGUUGAAUUUACUACUUUAGCUGUGAUGGGUUAUGACCGGUAUGUUGCCAUUUGUCAUCCAUUACACUAUCACCAAUUAAUGUCUCAUAGAAAAGUGUGCAUAUUUAUUGCAUUUUCCUGGAUUUGUCCUUGGACUGUUUUUGGACUGUAUUUCAUGUUAACUGCACAGCGUACAUUUUGUGAUAGAAUCAUAGAAAAGGUGUAUUGUCCAAAUUUUGCUGUAGUCAAACUGUCUUGUUUUGAUACUUCUUUUCAGAGCAAAGUUGGCUUUGUUGUAACUGUGUUGUUAAUGGUUCCACACCUGCUCAUGAUACUAUUUUCAUAUGCACAAAUACUCAGAAUCUGCCUGUCUGCUUCUAAGGAAUCUCAGGCCAAAGCUAUUCAAACAUGCACCCCACACUUACUGUCUGUGAUUAACUACGCAGUAGGAUGCUUUUUUGAAAUUAUUUCAAGUCGUUUCAACAUGAGUCAUGUACCGUAUAAAGCUCGCAUAUUCCUGUCCCUUUACUUUCUGAUAUUUCCCCCAUUGUUUAAUCCUGUCAUUUAUGGAAUUAGCAUUCAAGCCAUUAGGGUUCAGAUUUUCAAACUAUUCAUUACGUGUAAAAAUAAGUUAAAUCCACUGUAGGAGUCUCAUACCUGUUAAAUUAUUUUACACAUUUGUAAGCCUAUCACCUCCAGGAGAUGAAAUGUAAUUUCACUGGGCGACAGGCUGAACUGAAGGUCAUGGCACUUUUUGCUACUGCAGCAGGGCAAGAAAGCUGUCAAUACUUCUGCCUGUAGAAUUCAAAUCCUUUUCUAAUUUACAUUUUAGUAUUAGCAUUGACCAGAUACUAUCAUUCAGAGUCACAUACACCAAUUACAUUAAAUGUGAUAGGCCCAGUUUGCUAACCCUUAUGCUACACUACCCCCCAAAUUAAGUUCUUGUUCCCCCACAUGGUUUCCAGCAUCUUGUUGUCAUAUAUUUGUUUCUAAAGAACCUCGCUAUUUGUUUUUACCUUUUCAAAUCAUAUUUGAUGCCCAU